AUGGAGCAGAGGCAUUGGCCCCCGACAGGAUCCAUUGGGCCCCCCUCACCCGGGCGUUGGAUGGGGCCCCCUGUAGAUCUCUUUCCCAGUAGAAUGCACAACAAUAACAACAACAUCAACAACAACCAUCUUGAGGCCCCCCAAAUAGGCACCAUACAUACUCCGGGGGGGCCUCCCGUAGGGUCUAUGCACGCAGGCCCAUACCAAACUUACGCUUCGCCUGCUGUGCCUCUCCAAGAGGCGUUCAGAUCCACUGCAGCCCGCCCUGCAGAAUUCUCCCCUCAUAAUGCGCAGUCUUGGGAAUCUGUGGGCCCCCCUAUGAGCUCAGCUCCAGACCGCAUGCAGGGGCCCCCAAGACCAGGGGCCCCCAACCCUGCCUCAGAGUCAAAGACCACCAGGGAGUGGCUAGAGGUCACUGCCUAUCAGCCUGUAGAUGUGGUAACGAGGACAGUGGAGGUGCCUGUCACCCGAACAGUUGAUGUCUACGUGCCCAAGCCUGUAAUCAAAGAAAAAAUUGUUGAAGUCCCCAAGCUGAUCCCCAAGUACAUUGAGAAGAUUGUAGAAGUACCGCAGAUCGAGUGGGUGGAGCGUGUGGUGGAGGUGCCUGAGGUGAUAUACAACACGAAAAUUGUUCCUAAAGUUGAAAUUCGCGAAAACAUCGUUGAGAAACCGGUGUUUGUUCAAAAGUGGGUUGAAAAGAUUGUAGAGGUUUCAGUUGUUGAAGAGGUCAUUCGAUACAGGACUAUCCAUGAACCCGAGGAAAUAAUCAAGUACAUUCCACAAGGGCACCAGGAAGAGGAGUGGAGAGGCGCGCCUAUUCUUACCGUCCCUCCUCAUCAAACACCUGAACUCCCCCCCAAGUGGGGCGGCACUCCGCACUCUUCGCCUCCCUACCCUCUGGUCCAGGCAGGGACGCAGCGCACAGAGUAG